GGGCCUCAUUUUAGAGCCUCACGUUGAAGGCUCAGGAUCUGAAAGGGAAGGGUUUUCCUUAGGAACCUGUGACUUCACAAACUCCCCCUGUCACUGCAGAUUUUUUUUUUUUCAAGCUUCUAAACGUUGGGUUGUUGGUGUCCUUUGGUUGAGCUUUUCCUAGUUCUGAUAUUUAGGAAGGUGGCUUUGAAACUAGCAGGGCUGCUUAAGCAAGAGCUACAGCUAUUGAACAAACUGCUACCAUUUUAGCUUCAAUACAGGAAUGAGGCAGUGUUGCCAGACGCCAUUUUAAGAAUCCUGCAUAAAUAGCUUAGCUACCGAUGACUCUGCCUGUUUUAGCUUGGCUGAAGAGGAAAUAAAAACAGAACAGGAGGUGGUGGAGGGCAUGGAUAUCUCUACUCGCUCCAAAGAUCCUGGCUCCACAGAGAGAACAGCCCAGAAAAGAAAGUUCCCCAGCCCUCCGCAUUCCUCCAAUGGCCACUCGCCACAGGACACAUCAACAAGCCCCAUUAAAAAGAAAAAGAAACCCGGCUUACUGAACAAUAACAAUAAAGAGCAGUCAGAACUAAGACAUGGUCCGUUUUACUAUAUGAAGCAGCCACUCACCACAGACCCUGUUGAUGUUGUACCGCAGGAUGGACGAAAUGAUUUCUACUGCUGGGUUUGUCACCGGGAAGGCCAAGUCCUUUGCUGUGAGCUCUGUCCCCGGGUUUAUCACGCUAAGUGUCUGAGACUGACAUCGGAACCAGAGGGGGACUGGUUUUGUCCUGAAUGUGAGAAGAUUACAGUAGCAGAAUGCAUCGAGACUCAGAGUAAAGCCAUGACAAUGCUCACCAUUGAACAGUUAUCCUACCUGCUCAAGUUUGCCAUUCAGAAAAUGAAACAGCCAGGGACAGAUGCAUUCCAGAAGCCCGUUCCGUUGGAACAGCAUCCCGACUAUGCGGAAUACAUCUUCCAUCCCAUGGACCUUUGUACAUUGGAAAAGAACGCUAAAAAGAAAAUGUAUGGCUGCACAGAAGCCUUCCUGGCUGAUGCAAAAUGGAUUUUGCACAACUGCAUCAUUUAUAAUGGGGGAAAUCACAAAUUGACGCAAAUAGCGAAAGUAGUCAUCAAAAUCUGCGAGCAUGAGAUGAAUGAAAUCGAAGUUUGUCCAGAGUGUUAUCUAGCUGCUUGCCAAAAACGAGAUAACUGGUUUUGUGAGCCUUGUAGCAAUCCACAUCCUUUGGUUUGGGCAAAACUGAAGGGGUUUCCAUUCUGGCCUGCGAAAGCUCUGAGGGAUAAAGAUGGGCAGGUUGAUGCCCGUUUCUUUGGACAACACGACAGGGCCUGGGUUCCAAUAAAUAAUUGCUACCUCAUGUCUAAAGAGAUUCCUUUUUCUGUGAAAAAGACCAAAAGCAUCUUCAACAGUGCAAUGCAAGAGAUGGAGGUUUACGUGGAGAACAUCCGCCGGAAGUUUGGGGUCUUUAAUUACUCUCCAUUCAGGACGCCCUACACGCCCAACAGCCAGUACCAAAUGCUGCUCGACCCCUCCAACCCCAGUGCUGGUGCUGCCAAGAUAGACAAGCAGGAGAAGGUCAAGCUCAACUUCGACAUGACGGCGUCGCCCAAGAUCCUGAUGAGCAAGCCAAUGCUGAGUGGGGGCACAGGCCGCAGGAUCUCCUUGUCGGACAUGCCACGCUCCCCCAUGAGCACCAACUCCUCCGUGCACACAGGCUCCGACGUGGAGCAGGACGCCGAGAAGAAGGCCACGUCCAGCCACUUCAGCGCGAGUGAGGAGUCCAUAGACUUCCUGGACAAGAGCACAGCUUCACCAGCCUCCACCAAGACGGGACAAGCGGGGAGUUUAUCCGGCAGCCCGAAACCUUUCUCUCCUCAAGUAUCAACACCAAUCACGACGAAAACGGACAAGACAUCCACCACGGGAAGCAUCCUGAAUCUUAACCUGGAUCGAAGCAAGGCCGAGAUGGAUCUGAAGGAGCUGAGUGAGUCGGUCCAGCAGCAGUCGGCCCCUGUUCCUCUCAUCUCUCCCAAGCGGCAGAUUCGCAGCAGGUUCCAGCUAAAUCUUGAUAAGACGAUAGAGAGUUGCAAAGCACAAUUAGUCGUAGGUAAAGCUCCACCAUCCACGACGGCGGGCAGCCAGUCUCCCCCCGAAACGCCGGUCCUCACCCGCUCUUCCGCCCAAACUUCCACGGCUGGUGUCACGGCCACCACCAGCACCACAUCCACGGUCACGGCCCCGGCCGCCGCUGCCACAGGAAGCCCAGUGAAAAAGCAGAGGCCGCUUUUACCGAAGGAGACUGCCCCGGCCGUGCAGCGGGUCGUGUGGAACUCCUCAAGUAAGUUUCAAACGUCCUCCCAAAAGUGGCACAUGCAGAAGAUGCAGCGCCAGCAGCAGCAGCAAAACCAGCAGCAAAACCAGCAGCAAAACCAGCAGCCUCAGUCUUCCCAGGGGACGAGAUAUCAGACCAGACAGGCCGUGAAAGCUGUCCAGCAGAAGGAGAUCACGCAGAGCCCGUCCACCUCCACCAUCACCCUGGUGACCAGCACCCAGUCGUCGCCCCUGGUCACCAGCUCGGGGUCCACGAGCACCCUCGCCUCUUCAGUAAGCGCAGACCUGCCCAUCGCCACCGCCUCAGCCGACGUCGCCGCGGACAUCGCCAAGUACACUAGCAAAAUGAUGGAUGCAAUAAAAGGCACAAUGACGGAAAUAUAUAACGACCUUUCUAAAAACACUACUGGAAGCACAAUAGCCGAGAUUCGCAGGCUGAGGAUUGAGAUAGAGAAGCUCCAGUGGCUGCACCAGCAGGAGCUCUCGGAAAUGAAACACAACUUGGAGCUGACCAUGGCUGAGAUGCGGCAGAGCCUGGAGCAGGAGCGGGACCGGCUCAUCGCCGAGGUGAAGAAGCAGCUGGAGCUGGAGAAGCAGCAGGCGGUGGACGAGACCAAGAAGAAGCAGUGGUGCGCCAACUGCAAGAAGGAGGCCAUCUUCUAUUGCUGCUGGAACACCAGCUACUGUGACUACCCCUGCCAGCAGGCCCACUGGCCUGAGCACAUGAAGUCCUGCACCCAGUCAGCUACUGCGCCUCAGCAGGAAGCAGACGCCGAGGUGAACACGGAAACACUAAACAAGUCAUCCCAGGGGGCCUCCUCCAACACGCAGGCAGCCCCCCCGGAAACCAGCACCUUGAAAGAGAAGGAGACGCCAGCCGAGAAAAGCAAGGACGGUGGCUCGACCCUCGACCUUUCUGGCUCCAGGGAGACGCCCUCCUCCAUUCUCUUAGGCUCCAACCAAGGCUCUGUUAGCAACAGGUGUGACAAGCAACCUGCCUCUAUCCCAACCAGCACAGACCACCAGCCGCACCCCAGCUACCCAGCCCAGAAGUACCAUUCCCGGAGCAGUAAAUCCAGUUGCUGGAGCGGCAGUGAUGAGAAACGGGGAGCGGCACGCUCUGAGCACAACGCCAGCACCAGUUCGAAGAGCCUCAUCCCGAAAGAGUCUCGGCUGGACACCUUCUGGGACUAGGGACACGUUGGGGGCACAAGUCACCCAUCCCAUGGAGGAGAAAAAAACCAGACACCAGGAAAACCGGAAACAGCAAAGAAAUGUGAGACAGGAGAAUCGCCACCCUCAGACUGGAGGAUGCCAGCCAUUCAGACUUGGCCUUUGCACCUGGCACGGAGGGCAGCCCACACUACGUCACGUCCAGCAUUAGCCUUGACAGAGGACUGUUCCACCCACAUGAAACCUAUGCUUUAGAUGUAAAUAAUGUACAAUUUGUGGAUGUCAUUGAGCCUAGAGUACCUUCCCCUUUUUAUAUUUGUAUUGACUUUAACUUAUAAAAAAAAAUAAAGAGAGAGAGAAAAACAAUAAAAAAAAAAAAAGAAACACACCCAACAACAAAAAGAAUGUUUGGAUGUUGGAGAAGGGACGGUCAGCCAGCCCACCUGUCACAGUGGUGUGGGGAGGGCGUGGGGAUCACCAUGGCACCCAGGUCCUUACCCUGGGAUGCCCAGGGGAAAGUGAGCCGUUUCCAUUCGUGUGUCUGUACACAGCACAUUGGGAUCAGGAAUUUCCGGCACAGAUUCGGUGCUGUCGUGGGGACAUCACAUCCAACCAUUGGCCCCUUUCAAAUGCUGUGUUAUCAUGUUUUAAAAGGCAAGCUCUCUGGACCAGUAGGACAUGUGGAGGAGCUCGUUUAUUUUAUGUGAUUUCCAUGAUGACUCUGCUCCUAUAAAAGGGAAAAAAAAAAAACCCAACGUCCUUGUUUACAGAGUAUCAACUAGAAACAAGCCCUGCUCAGCUCAGUUGCAGAAGGGAAGAACUUAGAAAGCGUUCAAGUCAGAAGCUCUGAAACAAAGAGAGAUCUUUUCUUUGCUUUGUGGUUCCUUUAAAGACACUCACACCCACUUGGUAAGAGACGGGCCGUGCUUUGCGGAAGUGAGAAGUCAAAGGCAAGACGCACGCGGAGGACAUUUCAGUCUGGGAUGAAGCAUGUAUGUAUUAUUUAUAUGAUGGAAUUUUACGUUUUUAUGUCAGCAUGAAACAAAGGCAGUGUGAGAGGACGCAGGACACCGCCGUGCUGUCUGUUACACUACGUAUGCUGUAGUACCAUUUUGUAUGUUGUGUAAAACAAGAAGCAUUGAACAAAGCAAAAAGGUGAUGUAUGUAUAUGAGAAAAAUUAAUUGUACGAUAUCAUUCCAGUACCUUCUGUUGUACAUUUUAGUCUUGUUUCCUUUCUCUUCAUUGUUGAUAAGAGGAUGCGAACUGUACAGUUUCCAGCUAGUUACUCAUAUUAGAGAAGAAAUAAAAAGUAUUAGAAGAAAACAGGAGAGAAAGAACAUUUGUGAAUUGCAGUUGUCAAAAAAAAAAAAUAGCCUAGCUGGCCUUAUUUGUGAAGCAUAAUUGCUUUUAGCAUAUGGAAGUAUUUUUUCACAUUUUCUUUGUAUAAAAUUUGUAUUAAACUUAAAUAUCUUUUUUGAUGAUGGUGUUUCUUUGUGACUGAGCCAGUGGACUCACACGGUAUGCUCUUUUGGGUUCCCCCACCCCCCAGUUUUUUCAGAUUCUUCACCUUUUUUUAAUUAAACUGUUUUGGAAAAAUG